AUGAUCGAGAUGGAGUUCCUCAGGGUUCUGUACUGUCCGCAACCCUUUCUGCUACAUAUAAAUGAUAUGUUGAUUCCAGGUGCCUUCGAGUAUGCUGAUAACUGCACAGUUGCAGGCAGGUACUUGACCAAUGCAAGUGAAAAAAUCCAGUCUUGUCCAGAGCCCACUGCCAUCAGUACGGUUUUGGCAGACAAAGCCGGCUAUUUAGCCAACGCGGGCGCCUACUACUCCAUCACUGCUUUGGGAUCCAAACUGUUCAAAAGUAUGACCGUGGAAGAGCUGCUGUGGGGAUAUAACGACCCUUUGGUAAAACUUGCCAAUACCUUGUUACCCGGGUGGAUUGACUUUAAGAAGAUUGGAAUUUUAGAUCGGUUCUACGCUGAAAGAAAUGAAUCGGCUGAAAUUGAGCUACGAGACGAUAAGAAAAAAUAUUCCCUCAACAGUUGGCAUGGCCAUAAUGGACUCCUUGAACAAGGAUACACUGACUGGAACACCAGCAUACCUUGCAACCGCAUCAAAGGCACAUAUGAAGGUCUGUUGGUGUCCCCUCACAUGUCCAAGGAUACUGUCCUACCUAUCUUCAAACGACAGGCCUGCAGGAUCUACCCAUUCGUUUUUGAAAAGGAGUUAAAAGGAAAAUUCGGAUUUCCUACCUACAUAUAUGCCCUGGAGCAGAGCGCUUUCAACAACACUAACGAAUACGCCUGCAAGUGCAGUAAAAAUUGCUUGCCCAAUGGGUUUGUUGACGUCAGCAAUUGUUAUUACGGUUUCCCCAUCGCGUUGUCAAAACCUCACUUCAUGGACACCGAUCCAGCUGCGAUGGAUUCUUUUGAGGGAAUGCAUCCAGACCCUGAGAAACACGGCACAAUUGCAGAAUUGGAACCGACCCUUGGAAUACCUCUAACGGUGUCAACUACGAUCCAGGUGAACAUUGCAGUGAGAAUGAAUCCCGGGAACCCUAUCGUUAGGCCAUUAAAAGACAAACUAGUCCCUAUUGCGUGGCUUCAAUUGUAUUGCACCGAACCACCAGCAAUGAUUGUGAACAUUCUCCGUCUACGAUUCGUCAUUGCUCCGCCUCUGCUAAUCACUUUCGAAGUCCUUCUCUUUAUUGUCGGCCUCAUUCUUGGUGUCCAAGGUACUCUUAGAAUCCUUAAACCCAAAUACAAGUUAAUCCAAUCAAAGGAUGAAGAAAUUAGGCCUAAAAGGAAGAAAAGUGUUGAAAGGGGAUCGAGCAUCAUCUUAAACAUGGUAGACAAUAUCGCCUUUAACGACGACGAUGAACUAGCUAAACAAGCUGUUUCUUUAUUAGCUAUUACAGAAGAAGACAUGGAUAUGACUGAUUUGCUAAAUAGUGACUCGUGAAACGUUUAGACUGCAAUGACUAAAUAUGUUUUUGGUUUUAAAUAAAAUUUGUUUGCGACAUUUACUUUCUAAGCGUUUUAAGUAAAAAUUAUUUGAGUGAAAGAGAAAUAACAUCAUUAUCAGUUGAAAAUUGUAGGUAAUGUCAUUAGUGCCUAGAGAAUCGUAUAAAGUGCAUUUACGUAAUUUUUCAGUAUUAGCGGCCUAUUACAUAGAAAUACUGAAAAUGUAAUGUAAAAGCUUACAUUUAUAAUCUCUUGUGGAGAAAUCUUCAAUGUAAUAUGAGAGGUUAGUUGGUUACCAUUGUUUACAUCAUUUUCAUGAUAAUAUGACUAAGUUUCGGUCGUGGUGCAUAUAAUUUCUAUUGUAAAGGCAUUAUAGAAUAUAUAGAAGGUAUUAUUAAUUAGAUAGUAACGGGUAGUUAGAAAUUGUUCAAUGAUUUACAAAUGGGGACAACGAUUAUUGAAAAUUUUCUGAUAUUUCUGUUUAAACGGUCUUCCAACUUGAUAUUAUAAAAAACAGAAUAAAUUGUGUGUAGACAAUGUCUUAAGGUAUUUAAAAUAAUGAAAACUGAUUUGCAAUAGACACGUU